AUGAAUCCGCGAGACGAUGUAUGCAAGACAUGUGAGGACUUUCGCGAUACCAUAUCUAUGGCUAGAAGUGAAGAUGACAAACUAGACGCCACUGCUAGUUAUCACCAGCAUGUUUUGUCUGCACGUGCAGAGCGAGAGGUGUAUCAGCAAUGUGUACAAGAAUCUACGGCUCUUUUCCGAGGUAGCUCACAAGAUCACAGCAAGGUCCAUUAUACAUUUGAUUUUAGUCAAUAUGUGAAAUUACCUCAUCACGCAAGAGAGAAAGGACCUACCUUCUUUAUACAGCCACGCAAGGUGCAGAUGUUUGGCUUCAGAAUAGAUGGAUAUCGCCAGUACAACUAUUUAAUAGAUGAAGACCAGACAAUAGGUGUAGACGGACAAUUGGCACAUGGACCCGAUUCUGUGAUCUCCAUGUUGGACCACGCCUUUGGUACGUUUUGUCACCAGGGAGGAGAUUGCACAAUACAUGCUGAUAACUGUUUUGGUCAAAAUAAAAACCGCUACGUGAUUGCCUACCUCUCAUGGAGAACUAUGACGGACAGACAUGAUAAUAUCAAAUAUAUGAUGCAGUUACCUGGCCAUACUAGAUGUUUGAUUGACGCCGGUUUUGGCAGAAUUAAACAGAGGUAUCGUAGGGAGGAUGUUGAUACGCUUCAACACGUAGCGGAUGUUGUUGAUCUGUCAUCCUGUAGCAACGUCUCAGUUGUGUAUGGCAGGGAUACAUGGAAAUGGAGGCAGUGGAAGGCUUUCUUCGGCGACAGAUAUAAAAAAGUUCCGAAUAUAUCCAAGUACCACUACUUCCGGUUCUCUUCAACAGACCCCGGAGCCGUAUUUAUGAAAAUGUCUGCGGUUCACACAGAGGAGACAAGGUUUGUCGUCUGUAAAACAAACCUUCUUGCUAUGGAUUCAUACGACAUUCCCCAAGAAAUAAUGCCAGCUGGACUUAGCCGAGAGCGACAGCGCUACCUUUACAGCCAGGUUCGCCCGCUUGUGAGACUUCAGUUUCAGGAAGAAUUCUGUGCAGUACCAGCUCAAGAAUAGUGGACAUGUGAAAAGCAAUGUCUUUAAAUGGGAGCUUUUUAACGCUAGAAAAUUGUCGUCUCGUGAACAAAGUGUUUACAAAUGUGUAAAAAUGAGAUUUUUAAUUUGGUUAUAUAUCGUCAUGAUAAUAAACAGUGUAAACUUGAAAAUUGAAGUACAUACUGAAAUACCGGAUGACGGACUUCUUUCACUGCUGUUACCAUGGGAACGGAUAAAUACGUGUGCUAUUUCAGAUAUGUUGCUUGUUAUAAGGGACGGCAUUUAAUGAUUUAUUGUUCUAAACAAAAAUGUUUUGAAUCUGAUUUCUAUAUGUUGCUUUAAAUGAUUUGUAAAUAAUUCCUUUUCACUACCGUUGUAUGCUACUGAUGUUACUAAGUUUACAUAGAAAACUACUUUUCUUUUAAUCAUAACAAAAUUGUAAUAAGUGAAAUUUCGUAGGAUAUUUUUGUAAAAGUGGAAAAAAUAUUUAAAAAUGUAAUGUUGUAAGUUUACCGGUGUAAAAAGUACUUAAAAUGUCUUGAAAGCCGCAUAAUUCUAUUCGCAAGUCAGUCGUUUCCAUGACAACAGAUAUUUGUAUUAAAAAUAAAUACUUAUAUUUUGGAGAAAGUGUUUGUCUUUACAUAUGAUAUUAAAUGACCGUUGUAAAAUCACUAUAAUACAGUAGAUAAACAUAUAAAUCCAAUACUUCUUUUUGAUUGUUUGACAUUUUUGUUAACGUUUUCUUGACGUUAAUUGUGUAAUGUUUUAUUCAAGAUGACGUCUUUGGACUGAAAUGCUCAAAAAUGUAC